GUUAAGGCCCAUGACGCAAUCCCAGACCUUUGUGGCAGAGCCCUCGCCUGCGGAUCUUGCGAAACAUCUUCAGCAGCGUGUAACUAUGUUCCAUGCUGGGGAGGAGCUCUAUUCCGGAAAGUGGCUCGCCGACUUUCAGAAGACAGGGCUCACGGCAUGGCACAUCUGCAUAGAGAAGCUCCAGAUGGGCCCGCUGCACAGCUGCGACGGAGAACUGCUGCAGGCCUUCUGUGCCCAAACGCUGGCACGGCUCUCACGUGCCUUCGCGAGUUGGUUCCCUGAUGUCGAGUCGCGCGCGAUUGCGAGGGACUGCCUAGAGUCGCUUCUCACUGGGCAUGCCCAUGGGCAAAGUCUGGUUUGGAAGCAGCUUGCGCUGGCCCUGGCUUGUGCGGAGCUGUGGCUCGGUACUUGGGCCGCAGCGGCUUCGCUGAACUCCAGCCUCCCUGGGACCGUGAGGCGCUUUAGGGGUUUAAGGUGUAGGGUUUAG